UAGAUCCUGAGUGUAUUGGCACUGUGUACCGUACGUGUAGAUAUACGUAGGGUGGGGUGUAUGUAUACAUGCAUAGAUGUGCACGGAGUAAGGAGUGCCCAUAUUCCAUCCUGAUAUAUGAGGCACUUCGUGGGGGUGUCCGGUAACGGAAGGGUGCGGGGCAGGAGACAGCUCAAAAUUCCACAAACUUGAACUGAACUCAACGAAUCCAACAUCAUCAACUAACACCUUCACCUCGCUCAAUUCCGCUAAACAAAAGAACAAAAUGGCAACCCAUAACAUCGUAGUCUUUGGUGGCGACCACUGUGGUCCUGAGGUAGUCGCAGAGGCUGUGAAGGUUCUCAAAGUGAUCGAGGCAGAACGGCCAAGUGCUGGCAAGUUCAACUUCCAAGAACAUCUUUUAGGUGGCGCCUCGAUCGAUGCCACCGGUGAACCUCUGACCGCCAAAGCCCUCGAGGCUGCCAAAGCUGCAGAUGCGGUGCUUCUCGGUGCCAUUGGAGGGCCAAAAUGGGGCACAGGCAAGGUCAGACCCGAACAAGGCAUUCUCGCACUCCGCAAACAGAUGGGCACAUACGGUAACCUCCGACCCUGCAACUUCGCCUCGGAAGCUCUGAUCGAGCACUCCCCUCUGAAAGCGGAAGUUUGCCGUGGAACCGACUUUAUCGUUGUUCGCGAGCUCACGGGCGGCAUCUACUUUGGCGAGCGCAAGGAAGAUGAUGGAGAUGGAAGCGCAUGGGACACCGAGGCAUACUCGCGCGCUGAAAUCGAGCGCAUCACCAGAUUAGCGGCGCACUUGGCUCUGCAGCACAACCCCCCCUUACCCAUCUGGUCAUUGGACAAGGCAAACGUGCUGGCUACAUCGAGACUGUGGAGAAAGGUGGUUACAGAGGUUAUUACCAAGGAGUUCCCGCAAUUAAAGGUCGGGCAUCACCUGAUUGACAGUGCCUCUAUGUUGAUGGUGCAAAAACCAAAAGCGUUGAACGGUGUGGUGGUUACGAGCAAUCUCUUUGGAGAUAUUAUCAGUGAUGAGGCCAGUGUCAUCCCAGGAAGCAUCGGCUUGCUUCCCAGUGCUAGUCUUAGCGGGAUUCCCGACGGAAAGAGCAAAUGCAAUGGUAUCUACGAGCCAAUCCACGGCUCUGCACCGGACAUCUCUGGUAAGGGAAUCGUAAACCCCAUCGGAACAAUUCUUUCAGUGGCUAUGAUGCUCCAAUACUCUUUGGGCCUCCCUGCAGAGGCAAAGGCUGUUGAGGAAGCUGUCCGAAGGACGAUCGGGAAUGGGGUCAGGACGAAAGAUAUCGGUGGUACCGCGACCACUAUUGAAAUGGGGGAUGCGGUCGCUGCAGAACUCAAACUCGUCCUCAAGGAGAUCAAAUAG